CAGGUUUUCUGUGUGUGUCACUAGGUAGCAGCACAGUCCAGCUUCAUGACAGUUUAGGUACAGACACACUUGCACCUGUACUGGGGCUGGUUUCAGUAGUCAAAAUGGUGACCGUGCUAGGGGGGUAUAUUACAGAAGAGCAGCAUUUUGUUUUGAUUUUUUUAUGAGUGCAGAAGGACUCAAUACAAAGGAUAUUCAUAAGGAAAUGUUUCCUAUAUAUAGUUGGAAGUGUUUGUUGCAUAAAGCGGUUAACAUCCAUCUUGGUGGUAAAUGUUUCGCUGAUGAAGGACUCAAUACAAAGGAUAUUCAUAAGGAAAUGUUUCCUGUGUAUGGUUGGAAGUGUUUGCUGCAUAAAGCGGUUAACAGCCAUCUUGGUGGUAAAUGUUUCACUGAAGACGGGGUUGAAAUGGAGGUGCAGAAGUGGCUGAGAAUGCUCUGGGUUUCAACUCACUGACAAAGCAACUGGAACAAGUAUAUCAAUGUUGAGGGAAGAUAUGUCGAGAAAUAAAUGUUUUUUCCAGGUUCGAAUAUCACAUAUUUUAUGUUUUAUAUCCAUUUGUGACCUGUUCACUAACUCUCCUUCAUAACAGUCCUGGAUAUAAUGUACAAAACAGUGGUGUAUAGUUGUGAAUUUUUAGAGAUGCUGGGUCAGUAAGAAGGUUUUGGAGUUAGAAAAAUAUUUAAAAUAAAAAAGAAUCCCAAUAUAAAAACCUCAGUGUAAUCACAUUGUGUGUUUCUCUGUUCAUUGCAUGUAUUGGUUAUGUGUCCUGUGGCAUACUUUUGUGAACACCACUUUGUUAUAGUGGACAUCUGCAAUGAUGGAAACCCAGUCUGCCAUAUUACUCCAUUGUAUGAAGGUUUACUGUAUAUUGUAGUGAUACAAACAGUUCUUACAUUCAAUGAAUAUGGAGCCAGAUCGAAUAUGGGUACCACAGAUGUGGAAGCUGGUUCCUCCAUGUUCCUGCGUAUGGGGUCAGCCGCUCUUUAUGGGGCUGCUAGUUUCCUCAUUACUGUGGUCAACAAGACUGUACUCACUACCUACCAUUUUCCAUCUUACCAAGUCUUGGGUAUGGGGCAGAUGGCAGCCACGGUUGUGAUACUGUAUAUUUCCAAGAGACUUGGAUUGCUUUCAUUCCCUCAUCUUGACUCUUCUGUCUUCCGAAAGAUCUGGCCACUUCCAUUUAUCUAUAUGGGAAAUCUGGUAUCUGGUCUUGGUGGAACAAAGGAACUAAGUCUGCCCAUGCUGACAGUGUUAAGGAGGUUUUCAAUCUUAAUGACAAUGAUGGGAGAACUGUAUUUUCUGGGUACGCGGCCAACUGCAGCAGUACAAUUGUCAGUGUACACAAUGAUUGCUGGUGCGAUGAUUGCAGCUAGUAAUGAUUUAGCAUACAGUCCACUUGGAUACUCACUAGUGCUAGUAAAUGAUGCCUUCACAGCGGCCAAUGGAGUGUGCAUGAAAUCAAAGUUGGAUUCCGCAGAGCUCGGUAAACAUGGACUUAUGUUCUACAAUGCAUUGUUUAUGCUGCUCCCUGCAACUGGUUUGGCCUGGUUCACAGGAGAUCUGGAUCGUGCUUAUGCCUAUACUGGCUGGGACAACAUCUUCUUCCUGGCACAGUUUGCUGGAUCUUGUGUCAUGGGAUGUUUACUCACGUACACAAUCAUACUUUGCACAAUGCAUAACUCUGCGCUCACAACGACAGUCAUUGGUUGUCUGAAGAAUGUCUGUAUUACCUAUUUUGGUAUGGUCAUUGGUGGUGAUUAUGUAUUCUCAUGGGUGAACUUCGCUGGUAUUAAUGUUAGUGUUAUGGGAAGUCUACUGUAUUCAUGGGUCACAUUCAAACGACCAGACAAGCCAGUGCCAAAAGAAACUCUUACUGUUUAGCACUUGAAGUACAAUUAGGAAAAGAGGAAAUGUGUGUGAAAUAUAAGCUACUAUAUUUCCCACUAUUUCACCUCAAAAAUCCUAAAAUCAUUCAGCAUGUUACACAGCACAGGUGUAUGAUGUAUAUAGAGUGAGUUUCAGAAAUGUGAGUCAUAAGGUGGAUAUUUGUGUGUGAGUGAGAGAGAGAAUUGAUGAUGAAUGUGUGAAAGAUAGCAAAAAGUAAAACAAUAUUCCGUUAUUAAUUCAGAAAAUUUAUUAAUGUGAGCUGAUAACAGUGUCCAGGGUUUGGAGCUGCAUGACCAGGGAAUCAGGGCUUGAAUCCCAGUAGUAGGCAAGUGAUUUUUCUGUUCUCCACAUCUGCCAGACCUGGUGUGGGACCCACCCAACCUUGACUACCAGGGUUUGUUUGCUGCAGAUAAAGUGGCCAAGGCACAACAUGGUUGCCAGUCACCUCCAUCUAAUGUUGAGGUUAAGAAUGUAUGGAGCUGUACUGUCACUCCCUCAUACAUCAUUCAUUAAGUGAUUCUCAGGGUUGAAUGCAGUAUUGAUAGUGAGCAUUUUCAUAUUCUUGGAGUAUCCAUUUUUUAAUUAUCUACCCUGCUUCUCCCUUUCUUUGCUGUGGAUAAUCCAAAGUUCACUGUAUUUUUAAAAUCAGAGUUGGAAUUUCCAUUUUGACCCAAAAAUAUUUUUGCAUUUUAAUUUCUAUAUGAUUCAUAAGGAGGUUUGCCUAUUUCAGAAUGGUUCUUCCUGCAAUAUUAGGACUAUAUUUGUUUUAAUAUCACCUAUAAAAUCUUAAAUAAAUGUUGAUGUUUUAUGGAGAUAUUUUAUAUUGCAUAAACUGUUGCCAUGUUCUGAUAGCUAUGUAACAACUGACAUAUUCAAAAACAGAACAACCCAGUGUCUGACUAACAUGAAUUCCUUCAGUGUGAAUUGAGUUUAAUGUGGUUUUUCAAGUGGAAUGGGUUUAUGGGUAACACAACUGUUUUUUUUUUUUGGUUUAAGACGUUUUCCCCAUUAUGAUACAUUAUUUCAAAAGGAAAUUUGUGUCUGUCUAAAACAAUUUCACCUUACACAGAAUUUUUCAAGAACACAUCUAUUGUGUUAGUUGGAGACUGGGUGUAUUAAAUUUCUUAACCUAAGCAUAUAAUGGGUGAAAAGUUAGAUCCAUAGUUUCUGAGUGCAACUCUGAAUGUUUCAAGGUAGACAAGUUUGUGUAUGUGCUUUUUCUUGGAAUGUUUGUAUGCUCUAUUGUGGUAUGUGUUUAUUCUCCGUGCUAGGAUAUUAGUGAUUGAAUCUGGUAACUGGAAGUUCACCCAUUGUAUUUUUACAUGGUGGGAACAAAAUGUAAGGAUUAUUACCAUUUAAUGUGCUACUGAAGACAGGAUCUUGCCAGACUGUAUCAAUCUGAUUGCUCAAGAAUAUCAGCAUACUAAAGAGGACAUUAUACAUAUUCAGUAAAGUUUGUGCCAUUUCCAGUUAUUAAUGCUGUUGUAGGAAAUAAGAUUGACAUUUGUUUUAGAGGAACACUUGUAUUGAGAUUGUGACAUAUCUGUUAAACUAUUUGAAUAAUUAGAUUUCUUUCUUAAAACUGACAUAAAGUGUAUAGACUGUGUAAUAUAUAAUUGGCAGAAUAUUGUAUACUCCUUAUUAAAAGACAUAUGCAUAUAGAAAAAAAAAUGUGCAUGAAAGUGAAAUGUAUGAAUACAGAAUCUCUUAGGAA